GGUAAAAGACAGACAUUCAUUGUUACUGAUAGAAGGAUAUUUCUCACAAAUCCAAAGCUUGCUUCUGACCUGCCAGCCCCCCAUAUUUAAAUGAAACCAGUACAAUACCUAAAAGUUUUCAGGAGGUAACAUUCAUAGCUUAUGGAAUAGUAAAAACUAGCUACUGUGACCUGUUUCUGGGUUACUGUGCUCUGCUAGAUCUUGUCAAUACCUCAUUUUUUUUUUUUGUCUUUUAUCCCUGAUUGGCUUAGAUGAUCUUAAUUCAUCUGAGGUAAGAUCCUUAUGUAUUUGUCUUCAAAGCAGCCUCUCACCAAACAGACUUGCAAGUAUUCUGUCUUCAUACACUUCCAUAUACUAUACUGCAUGAAAAGGGUGCUCUGGUAAGAACCAGCAAAAUUAGAAACAUUCACUGCCUUGGUGUUGUUUUUGUGUGUAGAAAAUUAAUUUAUGACACUUUGGAGUCACUUAUUCUAUGCUCUGAAGAGAGGUUUCUGAUAGCUCUGCCUAGUUAUUGCUUGUAAACAUAGUGGUUUAUCAGUUGGCAGCCUUAUCCUCCAAGGAAGUUGCAAGAAGUCAAGAAGCAAGCCCAUGUCAGCCUUAACAGAGAGUCUGUUGAUCUUAAUAGUGAUAAAGGCAUCACUUUGUGCAGCAAUCUGGAUUUCUGUGCAAGUAGACAAGCAAAAUGUUUUCCAAGAGGGUUGCUCAGCUGCUGCUGCAGCCGCCUUUCCUUGUCAUUGCUCCUGUUGCCACUUUGAAGUCCUGGUUUUAUAUGUUCCACGGAUCUGCCUCACAUUUUCUUUAUUGUCAUCUCAUAGCCUACAAAAAAAAAUUACUUCAAAAAGUAAAAGGGUUUGUUUGAUGUAAUUUUCUGGGUAACAGAGUAAGCCACGUGAAAGUAAUACUAUAGAGUUUACUCUGACUUUUUUUUCUAUCAGCAACAGCCUUCCGUGUCACUGGAGUGUCUUCAUAUCUGGUUGCUGAACACAUUGAACUCCUCCCUUCAGCCAGUUAUCACCAUGACAGCUCCUUUGAAGGAGGCGAUGCAAUGAGUGUUUGCUGGUUCUUACUUUUUCAACUAGUCAACAUUUUAAAAGAAACAAAAAAGAGCAGCCACUUGGCAACUGUGCUAUUUUUAGUGGGUUUGCUGGCAUAAUCAGCAUGAGAGUUUCAAUUUGGGAACCUUAUUUUGCAUGUGAUUUGUGAUUAAGUUAACAAAGACAUGUAUGUUGCUUAGUUCAGUAGUUUUCAGUUUGCUUUAGGUACUAGUAGUUGCUUUUCAUUCAGUUAAGGCUGUUGGAAGUAAUUACAGUGAAACCCAUGCUUCUUCAAUGAGGAAGAGCUGAAGAUAAAGUCAAGCCACUAGACAGAAACAUAUGGGGGGUUUAGCUAUAGUCCUCUUCAGUCUGUGAAUAUUUUUAUCUGCAGUUCAUAUGUACUGUUCCAUCCAUAACUGAGAAAUUGUCUGGUCUAAUGGAGACUGAGUUGCCAUGCAGUACUGUGCUUAUAAUCAAUGCUUUUGUCCAUCUCCAGCUGCCUUGGAGACCAACCAGCUUUUACUGACAGGAAAUAUUCUGGAUUUUGCUGGAUUUUUCCCUGCUGCUUCAGAGGUUGAAUAUUCCAAUGCUGCCAGCAUCUGCUGUUGGCUUUCUGGCAGUUUCCAGUGUCAUUACCAUGUCAGCUCCUUUCUUUAUGGGGAAAGUUAUUGACAUUAUUUAUACAAAUCCCAGUGAGGAUUUCACUGACAGCCUGACCAGCCUGUGUGCCUUGCUGAGUGGAAUCUUUUUAUGUGGUGCUGCUGCCAAUGCUACACGUGUCUACCUCAUGCAGACUGCAGGACAAAGAAUUGUGAAGCGUUUGAGAGCAACCGUGUUCUCCUCUAUUGUGAAGCAAGAAAUUGCUUUCUUUGACAAGACCAGAACAGGAGAGCUGAUAAACCGCUUAUCUUCAGAUACAGCCCUUUUGGGCCGCUCAGUGACUGAAAACCUUUCAGAUGGGCUCAGGGCAGGAGCACAAGCAUCUGUGGGGAUUGGAAUGAUGUUUUUUGUUUCCCCUAGCCUUGCUGCAUUUGUUCUGAGCGUUGUGCCACCGUUGGCUGUCGUGGCUGUGAUUUAUGGCAGAUACUUGCGAAAGCUUACUAAAAUUACUCAAGAUUCUCUUGCAGAAGCAACACAGUUAGCUGAAGAACGUAUUGGAAACAUCAGAACAGUUCGAGCUUUUGGGCAAGAAGUGGCUGAAAUGGAGAAGUAUACAAAUAAAGUUGAUUAUGUGCUACAGCUGGCUAAAAAAGAGGCACUAGCUCGGGCAGGCUUCUUUGGAGCAACUGGCCUUUCUGGGAACUUAAUUGUCCUGUCAGUGUUAUACAAAGGAGGAUUACUAAUGGGCAGUGCCUACAUGACAGUUGGUGAACUCUCAUCUUUCCUAAUGUAUGCUUUCUGGGUUGGCAUAAGCAUUGGAGGUCUAAGUUCCUUUUAUUCUGAGCUGAUGAAAGGAUUAGGUGCUGGUGGACGUCUUUGGGAACUUAUUGAAAGGAAGCCCAAACUUCCAUUUAAUGAGGGAAUCACAUUAGACAAAGACGUAUUCAGAGGCGCUUUGGAAUUCAAAGAUGUUGAAUUUGCAUAUCCAACACGUCCAGAAACAUCAAUUUUCAAAGAUUUCAGCCUUUCCAUUCCAGCUGGCUCUGUUAUGGCUCUCGUUGGCUCAAGUGGUACAGGGAAAUCAACAAUUGUAUCCCUUCUGCUGCGGUUGUAUGAUCCUCUCUCAGGUACUAUCACCGUUGAUGGCUUUGAUAUCCGUCAGUUAAAUCCACUGUGGUUCAGGACAAAGAUUGGAACAGUAAGUCAGGAACCAAUUCUCUUCUCCUGUUCCAUUGCUGAAAAUAUUGCCUACGGUGCAGAGGAUCCUUCUACUGUGACUGCAGAGGAGAUUCAGAAAGUUGCUGAAAUAGCUAAUGCUGCUAGUUUUAUCAGAGAUUUUCCAAAAGGGUUUGACACUGUAGUUGGAGAAAAAGGCAUUUUGCUUUCAGGUGGACAGAAGCAACGAAUUGCAAUUGCUCGAGCUCUGCUCAAGAAUCCUAAAAUUCUUCUGUUAGAUGAAGCAACAAGUGCUUUGGAUGCUGAAAAUGAGUAUCUAGUGCAAGAAGCUCUGGACCGGCUGAUGGAAGGGAGGACAGUCCUAAUAAUUGCUCAUCGUCUGUCUACUAUUCAAAAUGCUGAUUGCAUUGCAGUCCUUGGCCAGGGUAAAAUUCUUGAAUGUGGGAAACGUGAGGAACUACUUGCAAAUCCAAAUGGACUUUUCAGGAAACUAAUGCAGAAACAAGCUUUUCUUCAAAAUAAUGAUACUUUUGCAUUAGAUUUACAAUCCAGAGAAAAGGAUGUAUUAAAAGAAAAUGUAUGAGACAAUGUAUGAAUGAUGGAAACUUAUAAACGACAAAGACUAUAACUUAUGUUUCAGUUAUGUAAAGUAAAUGUUAUAUUUUUCCAAAAUGUACAAAAUAUUCUUUUGAAAUUUAAAUGUGUUUAAACUUUUUAUUGAAAGCUUUUUAAUAACUAUUGUAACUUUUAAAAGUGUCUGUCAAACUGAGAUUAUUUCAGUGCAUAAUUUUUCUCCAUGUGUUACUUUGAGACUGUCUAGAAUCUUGUUUGCUGUAAUGCACUGUGUGAAGAUGUGCUCCAUUCUCAAGUAAGUUCAGUAUUGUAAAGGUAAUUAAAUUACAAUAUUUUAAUUUUCA